AUGACUAAGAAUUUUGAAGAUAAACUAGGCCAAGGAGGCUACGAUUCUGUUUACAAGAGAAAGCUUCGAAGUGGCAAUCUUGUAGCAUUCAAAUUGCUUAGAAACUCCGGAGCAAACAAGCAAGACUUCAUCAACGAAAUAACAACUAUAGUUGAAGUGGCUCGGGGGAUUAGGUAUUUGCACCAUGGUUGUGACAUCCAGAUCUUGCACUUUGACAUCAAACCUCACAAUAUUCUUCUUGAUGAUAAGUUCGUCCCAAAAAUAUCUGAUUUUGGGUUGGCAAAAUUAUGCGCUGCAAACAAGGAGGCAGUGACAUUGACGACUGCCAGAGGAACCAUUGGGUAUGUUGCUGUUGAACUUAUCAAUAGAAGCAUUGGCGCAGUGUCUUACAAGGCUGAUGUGCAUAUUUCUGGGAUGUUGUUGAUGGAAAUGUUAAACUUAAACAAAGACUUGACAAGGAACAAUGAUGAAUCUAGUAAGUAUUUCCCGAAUUGGAUAUAUGACCACUUGAACCAAGGAAAGGACAUUGACAUUGGAUAUGUUAAUGAAAAUGAUGAUAGAAACAUUGGUCGGAAGAUGACUAUUGUUGCGUUAUGGUGCAUACAAAUGAGUCCAGACAAUCGUCCAUCAAUGAAUAAAGUGUUGGAGAUGUUAGAAGGAAAUGAGGAAGAAAGUUGGGCUAAAGAUUCAAAUGCUUCCAUAUCAUUGUUGAGUAAUAACAUUGAGAACAACAUUAUUGAGAUUAUUACUAGUGUUUGA